AAUCUGCUCAGCUGCCCUCAUCACCUCACAGCUAACAGACUCAGACCUGUGACUGUGGUUCUUCUGUCUUCAUCUGCGUUAAUUACAGCAGAUCUUCUCCACAUGGUUUACAUGAUGUGGUGGGUUUAACACUGCUCUAUCAGAUCUCAGUCAGCAGUGUUGGACAGUUACAGCUGGUAACCCAAACACAGCACAGGCCAGCAAUGCAGCUCACCACAGUGUUUGCCUGUGUGAGUCUGGUGAUAUCAGCAGCUGCAGCUGCGCAGAGCGACUACACCGUGGCCUGCUACGUGGACUCGGCCACCCGGCGCCUGUUCCACCACGUCAGCCCCUCAGUCUGCACACACCUCGUCUACACCUCCGCCUACAUCGAUGAAAACUCCAGCUUCAAAACUGCGGCCCAGGACCCUAACACCGGCUGCACCUCCAUUAAAACACUGAAAGAGAGGUACUCUACUUUAAAGGCUUUACUUGGUGUGGAGGUCAAGCAGUCAAGGUUAGAGCAGCUGACCCAAAAUAAAGCUAGUCUGGACUCCUUUAUUGACGCCACACUGAAGCACCUGAAGGAGAAGAACUAUGAUGGACUGGAGAUGACCUGGGUGGAGAACACUGCGUCUGAAGAACCUUCCAGAAGCACAGAGACUUUAGCACAAUUUCUAAAGGAACUGAAGAGACAGAUCGGAGAAGACGCUGAGCUCGCUAACCAGUCUGUGCUAGUUUUAGUGUCUCUUCCGGCUCGUACCGACCACACCAGCGCCCACAGUGAUGAGAAAGCUAUCUCACAAUUUGUGGACUUCAUCACCUUGCUGCCAUCUAGCCUUGUAGAAGAAUCACAGAUUGACAGUGCAGUUAAGUACUGGCAGGAGCAAGGAGUCGACCCCCAGCAGCUCAUCGUGGCAUUGCCUGCGUUCUUGUGGAGGUCUAGGAGACGAGAGCACAGGAGACGUUUUGACACAGUCAACGUAACUCCAGAGAAAAUGGAGCAGCCCUACGGUCCGGGGCUGAUGAUCGCCAAGCAGGUCUGCCAGGCUAUUAAAAGCGGACAAACAGAGUUAAAGACUUUGACCAAACUGGAGAGUACUCAAAGCCUGGGAGAAGAGGUCUCCUGGCUGCUGCAGAAGGGGGUUGGUGGUGUCGGAGUUGUCGCGUUAGAUGUCGACAACUUUGCCGAGUCCAUGUGCCUCAACUGCACAGAAAGUGAAAAGGCGCUUCUCGAAUCCAAGACGAUUUCUGUACCUCCUCAUCACCAUCAUCACCCUCACGGUCACAGCCCUCACUCCAGGCACGGCCAUCAUCGUGGUCCUCACCACCAUCAUCCUCAUGAUAGAGAGGGCAGAGAACCUCACGGCCAGGAUGGUGCUUCGUUUGACGCUAAUGACACUGGUCACCGUCACGGACACCGGCAUGGUCGCCACCACCAUGAGCAUCACCAUGGCCACGGUCACCAUGGUCACGGGCAUCAUGGACGUGGUGGUCAUGGUGAGCGUGGUCCAUAUGGUCAUCAUGGUGAGCGUGGCCAUGAAGGCCAUUCCCAUGAUCAUCAUAGGCGUCACUCAACAGCUUAGAGUUCAUAAAACAGAGAAAUGAAAACAAUUCAUGACGGUUAAUAAUUACCAGGUGAAAAAAGUUAUACAAAUAUGAAUGUGAGCAGCAGUGUGUCACUUCUUUAAUCGUCAUGGUUGCAAUAGCAUUAGACUGUCACAAUAUUAUAAACAGCUUAAAAAAUCUUAUUGUAGUUAUUGUUAUGGGUUUUAACCCUAAAAUUAGUUAAAAACAGGGUACUUUUUGAUUGAUAAAAAAAUAAAAAAAUUCCCAGUAUUGCCAAAAGUAUUCACUCACUCAUUCACAUCAUUAAAUUCAGGUGUUUUAUUCACUUAAUCACACUUUAAUCACAGGUGUAAAUCAAGCUCCUAUGUCUGGCAAUCUAAAUGAUGAACCUGGGUUUGGUGGUUGCCAGGAGAACAGUACUUGUCAGACAUUGUGCAUUGUGCCAGGUGUAAAGUUUGGUGGAGGGGGGAUUAUGGUAUGGGGUUGUUUUGGAGAUUUUGGUGGGAACAAGAGAACAAUUUGACCAUGGCUUAUUACUGUUCAAACAUGAUUUUGUGUACCAGUGCACAAAUCAAGCUCCAUAAAGACAUAAAUGAGCGAGUUUGGUGUGGAAGAACUUGACUGGCCUGCACAGAGUCCUGACCUCAACUUGUCAGAACCUCAGACAUUUUUAAGAAUGGUGAAAAAUUCCCAUAAACACACUCCUAAACCUUGUGAAAAGCCUUCCCAGGAGAGUUAAAGGGGACAUGAAACAUUUCAGUUUGUACACGUUUUCUAAGAGAUUAAAUAUAAUGGAAUUUAUUUGGGGGGGAAUUUUUUAUAUCAAAUGUUUACUCACUAAGUUAUAAUAUAUUUAUGUUUGUUACGUUUGAGCUAGGGCGCCGCCAUGUUGCCCGUGCAGCGCUGGUGACGUCACGAGGUUGGUUGGUUGCAGAGCCCAGGUACAUAACUAGUGGAAAAGGGCUUAUUGUUUGUGGAGAUUAUGGAUGAAGGCGAAGCUGAACUAGGCUAAUAAAGUGGAGCAUUUACUCAGAGAUAUUUCCUGUAUAAACCUGAGCAGAAGUUUUCAAAUGUUUUUCUGAGAGAGAGACGUUUUGGGGGUGUUUAUUAUCUCUACGUGAGGUCCGUGCAGAACCCUGCAGCAGCCAGUCAACAGCAGGUACUGCCAUCGCGUUAACUAACUUGUUUAUAUACAUUUAGCAUGUAAAGUCCAGAGUUCAUUAAGACAUGAAAUGUACAUGAUUUAAGUGGAUAUUGAAACACCCAAGCGGUGUUUGGUUGAUAAACCGUUCAGUUUAGAAGUUAGAAGGCUUACUGGGUAGCUAGCUUCAUCUAGUUAGCGUUAGCUAGUUAGCGAGCGUUGUCUAACUAUGGUAAGAUAGCUAGAUAAGUAGCUAACGGUAGCUAUGUUAUCUUUAAACUGUCAGUUUAUCUGAGCUGUCGGUAAGUUAACGUUAAUACCUCUCGCUGCUCUGCUGGAUGAGCGCGUUGUUUGGCUCGUUCUCUGCGGCUCGUACAGCUGCUGCUCUCAUAGUGAUGUCACUCAGUCGGACAGUCUGUACAUCCCAGCUGAUCAGAGGAAAAAAGUCUCGGAUUUCAGCUUAUUUAUCCGGCACUAAAGCUCCUGACUCAAAACCCUCUCCUUCAUAUAGUCCUGGUCUAGAAAGUGCUCGCUCCUAACCCCUAGCAUUGCAGCUAACCGGAGGAUUCUCACGCUUCAGAGCUGCGAGCCCCCGCUGAAGAACAGCUGUCUGCUUUAGAGGCGAGAUAUGAAAGUGAAAGUGAAUUUUUCUCAUUCCUCACACUAUUAAAUUUCACUACUCCCAGUAUUACUACACCCAGGGGCAAUACAAACGUGUUGCAUCGCUUUGCAACGAUUUUUGGUUUGGCUUUUAUUAUUAAUUGAGGAACUAAAGUUACUGUAGGCUCAUAGGUUAUAGUAGUGAGGCGUCCGAGAACCAACCUCGUGACGUCACUUUCAGCGCUGAGACAAGAUGGCGCUGCCCGUACUUGAGAUUACUUACUUAAAUGAGAUUUAGAUUGGUUAUUAUUUUAAUUCUGUUUCACUGACAGCUGUUAAACUUAUCAGAUUUGUUAGAGUGAAAAUACAUCUUGUGAAUUAUACUAAAUACUUGAAGUGUUUCAUGUCCCCUUUAAAGCUGUUAUAGAUGUAAAGCCGGGGCCCACAUCAUAUUAUAGCCUUCAUAUGUGUUCAUAUGUGUGCAAAUGAUGAUUAUGAAGAAUACUUUUGGCAAUACAGCCUAUAUUUAUGGAAUUAUGGAAGCAUGUGUAAAAUUACUAUCUUUCUAAAUCUAAGCAAUUUUGAGUGAUUUUACUUCAGCUAAUUAUUAUUUUCUUUCUGGAUUAAUCUGACAAUUGUUUAAUAAAUAGACUGAUUAUUAAAAUGUUAAACUCUGAAAAUAGAAAAAAGAUCAUUUUAUUCUCUGUUCAGUUGCAUGUUUUUAAUACUAGUAUUAAGUAAAACUACAUUAUAUAAUAACAAUCAAUUUCAUAAGUAUUCUGCUACAACCCUGGUGAUCAUUUAACAUAUAAUGGAUUGACUGAACAUUGGAAAAUAUUUUCUUUAAAAAAUAAAGAAAGAAAACAAAGUAAAUUUUUUUUAUAUAAAAUUACUAUUUUAGACAGUUUUGAGAUUUUUCAGUAACAUUGAUGUAGCAUUAUAUCAACAUUAAAGCAUUAAUACAUUCAGCUACUUGUUGUUUAGCAUGUUUUUUGCUAAUUGCAUUGUUUUCUCACGUUUAAUAAAACCUCUACUGUUCCCCUUCUUUUGCAGCAUUAAGCAUUAAGAAUUAAAUAUUGUUUUUGUGUUAUUCUAAAAUGUCUAAUAGUAACAACUUGGCAAUGUGGUGUAAAAAAACAGUCUUUCCCAACUUACCCCACAACUGUAUAGGGACAGUGCUUUUUUUUGCUUUUUUUGUUCAUAGUAGUAAUAUUAUGAUAGUAUAUAUAGUAAAAUUCAAUUUUAAGAUACCUUGAUCCAC